AUGCCUGGUUUAGGAAGUGGCUUUGCCGACUACUUAAUGAAUAUUUCGCAGUCUUCGAAAUUUCUAGACUUUGAAGAGGAAUUCUUCAAGGAGAAGCCUUUCUAUGAGACGUCCUUGUCGUCUUCAGAAACGGAAGAAUCAAUAGAGCCGUUGAACGACGACUAUUUCGUUGAUUAUGAACGUCCUUCCUUACCAAGAAGCUCCAUUAGUAGUGGUUACUCGAUUUCUGGGAAUUCGGAUAAUCUAGAAAUGACAUCUACUAAUUGGCAACAGCAACGUGAAAGGGAAUCAAGUGUAAACUCUUUAUCGCAUUUCCAUAUUCCUCAAAAGUUGAAGAGUUCUCCAGCUUUGAGUCGACUCACCAAGAAACUCCUCACUAAACAGAAAAAUGAGAAAGACAGUAUUCCUUCACCAAUCGAACUGUCACCCACACAACAAUAUUUUGACUUUCCGAGACGUAAGUUGUGCAGCGGAAUGUCAAACGACAUGAUGGAACUAUCCAGGACUUGGACCAAUCCGGGAAUUUCACGGCAAAGUAGCAUAGUUAGCGGACGCAGUGCGACUGGGGGGAGCGGCGGACCAGGUGUCCUGACUCCCGGUACGAUUUUUGGGGGUGCCACUGCAGGCUAUGAAGAUAUCUCAGAAGAGUACUUUAGCAAGCAGAGCAGAAAGCGCCAUCACAGUAAAAGUUUCACUAACCCUGUAUGCAGCUUGAACAGCAGCCUGAGUUCUGCAACUACUUCGAUAAGGGCCGAAGGAUGGACCCUUAAAAAUGGAUUAUUACUGGAGAAUGAUCAAUCGGAUACAGAUAACCAGACGGACGAGGGAGACGACGUCCACGAGGACGAUAACGAGAUUUUUAUGCGCCACGAGGAGGCGGUGGCAGAUUUGAUAGCACAAGAUGUGUUGAACAGAAUGCAGUUAGAUUAA